AUGCCUUAUCCUAUAAGUAUUUCAACAAUCGAUACAACAUCGCUCACACGGAAUGAAGCACGCAAACUUCGAAGGCUUGAAUUAAAAAAGUAUCAAGCUUAUGAAGUCAUUGUAAAAUUUGAAAGAACGUCGCUUGAUCAAUUAUUUUCGCCAGAACCUACGCGAUAUUUAUGUAUAACCAAUCUUUGUUUCGGUGGAGUUGGAGGUGUUACAACAGAAGAAAUAUCAAAAGUAUUUAAUACUUUUGAUGGCUUGACCGGAAUAAAAUUAACACAUGGAAAGCCAUACUCGUUUGCAUUAUUUAAUUCCGCAGCUUCUGCCUCAUAUGCUAGGGAGAUUCUUCACAAUAAACCAUGCGAGCUUCUAAAUGACUCGAAUGAAUUAACUAUACCUGGAUUUAUUUUGUUGGAGGAGUUCGUACCAGUGGAGUUAGAAAAAAGUAUAUUACAAGAUCUAUAUUCAAACACCGCUUGGAUCCCUGUUCAAGAUCGUAGUGUAUUACACUUUGGUUACUCAUUUAAUUAUGAUUCAAAUGAAGUUGGCUUACCAUCACGUCAAUUUCCACCUUAUGUAAAUUCACUUCUUGAAAAGCUAAAGAAAUUAUACCCUUCAAUAUCAAAUAUGGAGCAAUUAACAGUGCAGCAUUAUCCAAUUGGCACUGGAAUCCCACCUCACGUAGAUAGUCAUUCCUCAUUUGGAUCAAUUGUUUUAGCAUUCAGUCUUGAAAGUCCUGUAGUUAUGGAAUUUAAAAACCUUCAAACAGGAAUUGUUGUAAAUAUAGAUUUACCAGAAAGAUCUUUAUUGAUACUUAAAGAUGAGGCACGAUAUGCUUGGAAUCAUGCCAUACGGGCAAGAAAAAGUGAUCUAUUAGAGGAUGGACAAGUCAGAGAACGAGGUCAAAGAGUUUCUUUAACUCUCCGAACUGUCAAUCCUGAAAGGAUUUGCCAUUGCAGAUGGCCUGAUUUGUGCGAUCGCAAUAUUGCUCAUUUGAAAAAAGAUUCUUGA